UCUAAUAAGAGCUUAUCACUGCAAAACAAAAAAUGCAUUCUUAAUAUUUUUGAUAUCAAAAAAUUAUAAAAGCCGAAAUUUUUUAAUUUAUAAGCAACAGUUUUUAUUAAAACGUUCUAAGGAAAGCAUUAACUAAAAAAAGAAAGGAACACAUUCUGCCAAAAUGUUCGAUUGGACUAAUAAACAUGUUGUCUAUGUUGGUGGCUUCACUGGCGUUGGUUAUCAAGUCUGUCAAAUGCUUAUGAAGAAACCAAUUAAGUACUUAGUUGUUUGCAGUCGCAUGGAAAAUGUUGAAAUGUUGAAGAAAUUGCAAGCUAUUAACAGUGAGGUAAAGGUAUUGUUUGUCCAGGUGAAUGUUGCAGAGUAUUCGAGUAUUGUUAAAGCUGUACAUGAAGUUAUUAGCUAUGUGGGUCAUGUUGAUGUUUUGAUCAAUGGGGCUAGCGUUUUGGCUGAUAAGGAUAUUGAUACAACUGUGGCUGUUAAUUUGACUGGUCUUAUUAACACCACUCUAUUGUUUUUGCCACAUAUGGACAAAACUCAAUCCGGACAUGGUGGUAUUGUAGUAAACAUGUCUUCAGUCUAUGGCUUAGAACCCGGACCAGCUUUUAGUGUUUACUCAGCCGCUAAACAUGGUGUUAUAGGUUUUACAAGAUCUAUGGCGCAUGAACACUAUUAUGGUAAAACUGGCGUCGCCUUCAUUUGCGUUUGCCCUGGCCUCACCUCCUCAGAAGAAAUGAUGAAUAAACGUGAUAUGGAUUGGAUGAAAUGGGUACCACACAGUGAGCAAAUUUGGAAAAUUGUUAAGGAAGCGAAAAUGAUAUCGCCACAGGAAUGUGCCGUACAUAUUAUGAAUGUCAUGGAGCAGGCUGUAAAUGGUGGAAUUUAUGUUUGCAGUGUUGGUGGUAUGAAGGAAAUUACUCCUGUUGUAUAUGUGGAUUAUUAAGUGGUGACAUUUUGAGGAUUAAAUUAUUGUAAACGGUUUUACUUAAAUAGUAAAAAUAAAGCUGUAAUACAGUUUACUAAUAAAGUUACCAGAAAAAAUAA